AUGGCCACAUCAGAAAGUACAGAUCCUACGGCGGAAGACGCAGAAACGCGCUCGUGUCCCGGCGACCUUUGCUCGACGGAUUCUGCGCAAGCGGCUCGUUUCAAAUGGUCCGUUCUGAAAAGCCCUUUUUGUACAGUAUACAAAAUCUUAUGCUAAUAUAGUGAAUGGAAAAUGGUUAAAUUCAUGAUUUUUUGGGGUUUUCGCCGAGUGCGGUGGCGUAGCAUUCUCGUUAUGAAACCUUCUCAAAAAAGUGGAAACCUCGAAAAAUUGGGAAGGUUUUCAGAGUUUGGAAAAAUUCGAAACAAAUGAAGAGAAAAUCAAGAAUACUGCAAUACAGAAUCGUCAGAAAAGACACGAAAAACGGGGUUACGGUCACAACUUUCUUGUAAGGAAUUCAAUCUUCCUGAAACUUUCUGAAAUUUUGAUGACUGUGAUUUUCAAAAGUUUCAUGACGUUGAAAUCGACAGAAAAAAAACGCGACUUCAGAAACUUUUAGGAAGAUCAAAUUCUUUACAAGAAACUUGUAGCCAAAGUCGCGUUUUUUAGUAUCUUUUCUGACGGUACUGAAGCCUAGAAGCUGCAAAAUCGCAAUUAGUAAGAAUAUAACCGCUUCUCCACCGCACGCCUUCUACAGAUUUAUAUGUCAAGCUCAGAUGAAGAACUUCAUGAAUUUCUUUGAGGGUCUAACAAGAAAUAUUCUAAAGGAAAGGAAUAAGGAAAAUAGUUCCAAAACAGUUCAAGAAAUCGGACUGUUCUGACAUUUUUCCUUGCUUUCUGAUACGAAAAAAAAUCGUAAAUAGAUUAAAAAUAAUGUUUCUGAUGGAUCCAUAAUGUAUGGAAUCGUUGUAUUUCUGACUCAUAUAGUUUGAAUAGACUUAAUCGAAUUUUCACAGAAAGGACUGAAAGCUUUGACUCACCUAAUCAGAUUCUACAGGGUAUAUAAACCAGCAAGAGUUGGCUUCUUGACUUUUGCAAACGUCUUUUCUUUUCGGAUUUCGUUUGGUUUUUGAGCGAGUCCAAAGCCCAAGACCAGUCCAAAAUUUAAUAACGAUUUCUUUCUCGGAACUUUUUUGAUGUAACUCCCUUGUGGCUCGCAUGCGACGCUUUUCGUCUUUCUGCUUUCGAGGCGUUCAGAAGCUUCUUUUAUUGCGUCACAAACUGUUUCGUUUAGAGCAAAACUAUCCAGAAGGAAAAAUUUAGUAGAAAACAGAACAUUUUUACAAAUAUCUUAGAAUUAUUUAAUUUCUCCUCAUGAUUUGCAGAAAAAAAGGACCAGAACAAAAUCAAGGUAGAAAUGAUUAUUUCAUGAAUUUUUGUUCAAAAAGUAAAUUUGGCAACCUUUUAUUCAGUAGGCCAUAAUCUCAGUUCGGCAAAUUUAAAUUUAUAACGGGCUUUAACGAUCCCAUAUGAAAUCAGAACUAAAGAAAAUAUUAAAGCGAUCAGAAAAAAAUGGAGUUUCAAAGUUUUUUUCGACGCAGUGGAGCCCUAAGUUCAUUGGCUAUUUUUUUGGUAUUCUAAAAAAACUAGAAAAAAAGGCCUUCGCUUCAAACUAAGAAUUUAAUUUUUUUCUAAAUAUUUUUUUAUUCCCAUUUCUCUGUCUCUCUCGCUCUUUUUCUCUUGCUGAAAAAAGAAUUUUGCAUUUCUUCUUUCACAUUCCCAUUUUUAAUAGUUUUGUGGGGUCUUCGGUGCCGAAUCGUGUCAAGAAGAUUUAUUUUCCACUCGAAAACGUCUUUUUUCAGUUUUAUCGAUGUAAAGUGAUAAAAAUUGCUCAUACUUGUAAUUUUUCUAAUAAUUCCAUUUGGUGUAGUGAAACGACCUCAAGUCACAAAUUUCAGAAAAUCUUCGGAAAAAAAAAAUCAGUUUUUUCAUGGAUUGGUGUUGUGAUAACAUUGAAACGUGGCGUUUAGGAGUCAUUCGCGACAGGCCUCGCAAGGCGUCCCUCCCAGAAGAACGGAGCGACCACCGAGAAGGCACAAGGAAACUCAACUGCCGGUGAGUCAACCAACGUUUUUUUUUUUGACAAGGCGCACUUUCCGGAAAAAAGACAUGUCUAAGAAUCCACACCUGCAAUAUUAUGCAAAACGUCUCAUCUCAUUUUCCUUUCGUCUUCCUUCAGACCUCCCGGCUCCUUCUUUUUGCUCCAGCUUUUGAGCCUCCAAGUGCGGCUUCGUUUCGGGUCAAAGAGCUGGAGGAGAUUGUCGUGGGCGUAGAUCGCACUCUCUGAGAUUUCGUUGCUGUGUUGUGGUUCUCUUGCGAUCGGCAGAGUUUUUUCCGAGUCCAGCUGUUGCCGUUAUUUUCCCGAGAGCGACAAGUUCCGCGAGCUUACUUGAAAACCCAUCCGCUUAACUUUUCCGCAUCAAAACUUUUUCGAACUAAAAAAUUUGUCUUAUUUUUUGGGGGAUGGGGGUUUUUGAUGGUUUAAGAUCUUUUUCGCACAAUUGAGAUGAUUCAGAACUUUUGGAAAAAAGCUUUUUUGAGCCUUGAUACAAGUUUGUUCGGUUUCACUGUUUCCUUCGCCAUUCAUAGAAAUAAAAAAUCUUAGGUUGCUCUUUAUAUAUCAUCUUUUUUUGUAUAAUUAAAGGAACUUCAGUUUAAAAAACUUCUGUCGAACUUGAAAUACUUAAACGUGCUGCAUGGCGUUUUUCCUCUACAAGAAAGUGUGAAAACUUUUUACAAUUUUCCGAAAAUCUUGAAUCCGAACACAAAAGUAUCGCAGCCCUCUGAGUCAUUCCAUAUGCAGAUCCCGUUGAUCAAAAACGACGAUUAGGAAAUAUAUUUUGAUGUUUUUCUUGUUUAUUGUGUUUUAUUCGAAAUAUGAAUCAUUCUUUGAUAGUCCUUCUAAAAGUUUCUAGGCUCUCAAUUUUCGAUUUUUUUUUUGUUUGCCUACGCAUUUUGAUUAAAAAUUUGAAUAUUACAGGUUCAACAUCACGAAAUCAUUGAGCGCGAAAUGACAGUCCUUAUUGAGGAGUCCCUUUGUGGGAUAGGAAAAUGGAGGUAACAGAAAUCUGUUGAAAAAUCUUACUUUUCUGUGUAUUUCAGGCCGAAAUGGCUUCAAUUUCUUGCAACUCGUGGGUGGAUGCUCAUUCUGCUUUGCUGGUACUGUACAGUACAGGUAAUUUUGAUAAUUCUGAUUUUUGAAUGUCCUCGUUUUCAGGGUUUGAUUGUCAAUGGACUUGUGCCGUCUUCAAUCUCCUCUAUCGAACGGAGGUUCAAGUUUAGUACAAGCUCUAUGGGUCGGAUUGUCCAGGUACUUGUUAUUGAAACUUCUGGAUUUUCAAGAAGUCGAAAAUUCAGUUCUACGACUUCGGAUACGUACUCUUCUGCAUCCCGGUGUCCUACUUCGGAGGUCGACACAGCAAACCAGCAGUUCUGGCUGCGGGACUUGCGCUGAUGGCCUUUGGAUCGUUGCUCUUCUCGAUGCCUCACAUGCUGUCCGACAGUUAUUCAGCAUCGCAGUCCAAUACUUCGUUCGGAACUUGCUCUAUCGCUAAUAGUGAGUUUUUUUAAUUUUGACGCUAGAAAGUAGCACUAGAAGUAGCUGAACUCGAAGAGCUUCUAUCUUAGGAAUUACUGUUAUUCGGGCUAUUUAAACUUCGACGUCUUCUUAUAAACUGUGUACAUGAAACUUCUGAAUAUCUUUAGUCGUUAAAUGGCCACAUUUGACCCUUUUCCAAUUCCGCAAUGACUUUUCCCAACGCGUAAGAAAUUCAGAAUUCGAUGCAAAGUGUUUGUAUCGCAAAUGUCUGAAUGUUUAUAUAAUAGUGGUUGACGAUGCGUCAUGAAGAAAAAAAAAGAAUAGUGACUACUCACCGUUUCGCUAUGCAAAUUAUGAAUCAACAUUAUUGAUGAUUCAAGGUUCUAAUUCUUUUUCAAGCAACUUUCGUGAUUCUUUGCUCUCUUGAAGUGCAAAAACUAGAGAAACAUCUCAAGUCGGCUACUAAUUGAACGCACAAGACACACGAAAUCGCAUUUCAGUGCUCAACAACGAAUCGGACGUCGGCUUCAUCUCUGAGGCCAUGACGAGCUCAUCUUGCAAAGUGGAGCAGCAGCACCAAGUACGUCGCGAUUUCACGCUCUACAGAGCCCAUUUUCAUUUCUGCCAGUAAUAUAGAAAAUUGGAAAACUUUUUGAAGAUCUAAAAAACUUGCACUUUGUCGGAAGUAAUAAAAGGGAAGAAAUCUCGAUUAACUUAAUGAAAGCUGAUUUUUUUCGAAUAUUUCGUUGAAAAUGAGGGAAAUCGCAAAAGUUUUCAAAUUCGUAGGAUGUAUAAAAAGUUGGGGAGAAAUUUUUAUUUUAGCUUUUUUUCAAUAAUUUAAAGAAUGUAUAUCAAAGAUUAUUGAAAAGGAAAAAGUUGGGAAAUCGAUUCCCAGAGAAAAAAGGAAAAUAGUUUUUGGGAAAAGAAAAAAUUUUGCUGUGGGGAACUUUUUCUGGAAUCAAAAAAUGUGCAAGAUAAACUUUUAACUGAAAGUUGAGAUCUUGAAAUUUGGAAUAUGAAAGACUUGAGUGUGAAAAAUGUUCAACGGCACUGAAUCGUUAGCAAAAUAAAGAUUAAGAAACUUUAAUAGCCUAUUCUGACGAAAAUUUUGCAGCCAGCCCCAAUGAAGUACAUGUUCCUGUUCUGCUUGGCCCAUUUCCUUCACGGAGUUGGUGCUACUCCCAUCUUCACCAUCGGUGUCUCCUACAUUGAUGAGAACGUCAGUCCAGCGUUGUCUUCAUUUUUUGUUGGUACGUAGAAACCGGAAAAAUUGAGAUAAAAAAUAAAUCCAGGAAUUUUUUACUCGUUUGCGGUCUUUGGACCAGCUCUCGGGUUUCUCACUGCGGGGACAUUGUUGCGUUACCACACAGACUUCUGGCAUCUUCCACCUGAACAAAUCUUGAAGUUCGAAAAAAAAAUGAGAAGCUUUCAUCAAGAAAAUCGUUUCAGGGUGAGUUCUGGAGAAACCGAUCCUUCGUGGGUUGGAGCGUGGUGGCUGGGCUUCAUCGCCGCGUCGUUCAUCGCCGCACUUGCCGUUUUUCCUCUUCUCUGCCUUCCUAAAGUCCUUCCAGAGUCAUUGAAAUGGCAUAGGUGAGAGGAAAAUUCUGAUAACAGAAAAUAUCAUUUAUUUGGUAGCAUUUGAAAUGGCUCAAAUCUUUUUUGCAUCUCAGAAAGGCAUUCGAAUUUUACCCAAAGCUUUUUGAAAUCUUCAACGGAGCAUAGACAAGCUAUAAGAUUACUGUGGCGUGAAAUUUUUUUUGUUUGAUCCUGAAUUUUUUUGAGUUUUUUUAGAAGAUUUAAUGAUGCUUUUUUUGAAGACCUUUAUGCUCCCCCGCCCUUCUAUGAUUUUUGCAAGAAAAAUGAAUUUCCAGUUUGGUUUUACAAGUGAUACCUCUUUCUUUCGAGAAUCCUCUGUAAAAAAAAUAAAAAUUUAGCAAUAAAUUCACAAUUCUUUCUUGUAGAACUCGCCUUCGUGAUGCAGCAAUGUCAAACCGAAAAAGAACCCCUGAGUGUUGCGGAAUCCCUGGAUCCAACAAAACUGCAGCUCUUCACAACGACCCUCCUUUUCCAGGUAUUAACGAACUCAUGUAUCAUAACAAUCUUCCUUCUUUACAGUCCAAGAACAAGCUUCGCUUUUGUAUUCUUCGAUUCCGGCUCGGGGAAGAGGUCCUCUUUGGUACAAGAUCUGGCUGGAUGUUCGACACAUUCCCAUCGCAAUCUAUCGUAUCCUGACAAACGGACUUUUCAUGAUUAUCACUUUCGCAAUGGCGGUCGACAGUAAGAUCCGUGGAAUCACUUGGGAAGUAAAUUGAUAUUUGUUAGGUCUCGCGGUCACUGGAGCUUCUUCGUUCAUGUCGAAGUACUUGGAAAGACAGUUCAGCGUAGCUUCAAGCAAGGCUAAUAUGUUGAUUGGUUAGUCUACAAUUUUUAUGAGAACUUCAAGUUUUCAUUCUAAACGACAGGUUGAUUAGGCUGCAACUUUGAAGAAAAAUAUCCGAAACGGAAGGGGUCUUGCAAGGCUACAAGACUAUGGAGAAUAUAAAACCGUCGAUCCCACCCCAAAAUCAUAGAAGAACCUUGUCGAUAAUUUCCAGGUUGCGUGAUGGUUCCCAUGGCGGGUUGCGGAUGCAUGUUUGCUGGCUACGUGGUUAACAAGUUCAAGCUGAACUGCGUGAAGAUGUUGCGCUUUGCAAUUGGGCUCCUGGUUCUUUCGCUGCUGCUCACGCCAAUGUAUAUGAUCUACUGCCCACAUGACUCGUUGAUCGGAGUCGACAGCGAAUAUCCUGUUGGGUGAGUUGAAGCUCCUAACCAUGUGAAACAUCAAUCAAAGGCUCCGAAGCGGAAUAUUUUAAAGACGAAAAAAUAAGUUUUGAAAAAAUAAAUUUUCAUAUCAGACUAUUUUCGUCGACAAAUUCAGCUUUGAAGAGCAAAACUUUUCAAAUCUAGUACUCGAACAUUUUUCUAGAAAAGCUUUCAGAAACGAGAAAAACAGCUACAAUGAAUCCAGCGUCUUGGCUGAACCAACUUUGAUCUCUUCUUGCAACGCCCAUUGCACUUGUGACGAAGGAGAAUACAGGUGAGAAUGGACAGGAAUAUGUUGAAGUUGAGGAAGUUAUAGGCCUGUUUGUGCCGAACUGGACGAUGGAACUCAAAUAACGUACUACUCGCCUUGUUUCGCUGCCUGUGCCGAACCGUAUUCUCCAACUAGAAAGGUUGGCUAUUUUUCUCAAGGAGAAAAUCAAUAGAAUAACAUCGAAAAUAAAAAUGUUUUCAGUAAAUUAUUCAUGAACUCCAAACUGUCUAAAUAUUUCAUGGAACAAAGAUUUUCAGGAAUACACGGAGUGCGGCUGCGUUCCGAAAAACACACGUGGAAAACCGCGCAGGGUUCGCAGCGGCCAAUGCGAGUCCAAGUGCACUGGACUUCUAGGAUUUUUGAUCCUUUUCGCUCCUUUGUCCUUCUGCACUUUCGCCGUCGCCGUCCCUGUCAUCUCUGUAAUUUUGAGGUUUGUACUCGACCAAAUGCUUCCUGCGGAAAUUGGGUAUAGAAACAAAAAAGCUAGGGAGAGCGUCUGAAGAGCAAAGGAGUGUUUGACUUUUCAACCUGUUUCAAGGCUUUCUAAAAACUUAUUUUUUAACAAGACAACAAUAAAAAUUUUUUGGGAAAUUUUCGCAGUUAGCUGCUCAAGGUUAUACCUAUGCAGAAUUUUUCUAAACCAGAAUUUUUUCAGAACCGUCGACUACAAUGAAAGGUCUUUUGCUCUGGGAAUCCAGUGGAUUCUGAUUCGUGUGAUCGGAACAAUUCCAGCUCCCGUACUUUUCGGCUGGAUGUUCGACGUUUCUUGCAUUCGCUAUCAGUCGAGCUCUUGUGGGCAAGAUGGACAGGUUUAAUACAAAAAUAUUUUUGUUCUUAUAAAAUGCCUUCUGUAGACUGGAAGCUGUUUGGUCUACUCAAACAAGUUGCUUGCGCACCUUUUCAUGCUCUUCUCCUUACUUGGACAGGUUACUUCUGAAUUUAUUGACUUAACCUCAACUGUGAACUCAGGGAGUUGCUAUGGGUAUCCUGAUCUUCGUCUUGUGUAUCUACGGUUCUUCUCUUUACGACGACCCGUUCGGAAACGAUGUUCAACUUCAGCAAGUAAGAAGUCCAAAACUACAGGUAGCUGAUUUUUCUGUUUCAGAUCGACAACCCGGAAGCUGUUGGACUUGUUGAAAAAGAUUACAUCGGGAAACCAGCUACCAAGCCUUUGGUCCAGUGA